AUGUUCAAAGACACAUUAGUGUUAUUCGCAUUUACUGCAGUAGUUCUCGCCCAAGUUUCGCCAUACGGCCAGUGCGGUGGACAAGGCUGGACUGGUGGAACAACUUGUACUUCUGGGUGGCAAUGUGUAUAUUCCAACCCAUACUACUCACAGUGCAUUCAAUCCACUGCUGGUGGUUCUACAACGACGGCUUCUGCACCCAAUCCUACCUUGACAGGUAUCGCAGCAACGGCUCCCACCACACCGCCGUCCACUUUAACUGGAAAACUUCCCGCAUUAGGGUGGAACUCCUGGAAUGCAUACGGCUGCAAUAUCAACGAAGCCAAGUUUAUAGCAGCCGCCAACCAAUUCGUCUCUCUCGGACUCAAGGAUGCGGGGUACCAAUAUGUCAACAUUGAUGAUUGCUGGGCUAACACCUCCCGCGAUUCGUCCACAAACCGCAUAGUUCCGGACCCCUCCAAAUUCCCCGAUGGAAUUAGUGGGUUGGCUUCUCAAGUCCAUAACUUGGGUUUGAAGAUUGGCAUAUACAGUGAUGCAGGAACGAAGACGUGUGCCGGAUAUCCUGGCUCCUUGGGAAAUGAAGUGCUCGAUGCAACUACUUUCAGCGAGUGGGGAAUCGAUUACUUGAAAUAUGAUAAUUGCAAUGUCCCCGGAAACUGGUCUGACAGUGCAACACCUCAAGGCAAUGACUGGUACAACUCCAACUCUGCCAUCCGGUAUCGUCAAAUGGGCGCCGCUCUGGCAACUGUCUCCCGUCCCAUACAGUUUGAGCUGUGCAUCUGGGGAGAUGCUAACGUUUGGACAUGGGGUUCCCGAGUCGGACACUCUUGGAGAAUGUCAGGAGAUGCUACGGCAACAUGGUCCUAUAUAUCCAACAUCAUCAACAUAAACGCUGCUCAUUUGUCCUCCGUCAACUUCUUCUCACAUAACGACAUGGAUAUGAUGGAAAUUGGAAACGGCGCAUUGACAAUCCAAGAACAACGUACCCACUUUGCUGCCUGGGCGUUCUUGAAGAGUCCUAUUCUUUUGGGAACAGACCUGAGCAAAUUGAACUCGACUCAACUCACCAUCAUUAAAAACCCAGAGCUGCUUGCAUUCCAUCAAGAUGCGACAAUUGGCACGCCAGCAAUGCCAUUCACCGCCUUCUCUUCGAUGCCGACGACCUCCCCUCCAGAGUACUAUUCUGGAAAGUCUUCAAAGGGUGUCCAUGUGUUCAUCAUCAAUACCUCGUCCAGCACAGCUACUAAGCAAUUCACGUUCUCCAAUGUCCCUGGUUUAUCGGCGUCGGGGACUUACAAGGUUCAUGACAUGUGGGCGGGUACUGAUCUCUCCGGCACACAUAGUGGCUCGUCGAGCUUCUCUGUUAGUGUCGCUCCACACGAUACUGUUGCGUAUCUAAUCAGCAACGCGUAA